CGGCCCGACACCACCGCGACCAGGAAACGCGACCAGGGAUUCCGAAACGUUUCCGCCAUGGAAAAACUCCAGGAGCAGUUUGACUCGGAUUCCGAAUCAGGAUCCAACUCCGCCUCGGGCUCCUGCUCGAAAGCAAAAGCUCUACCUAGCUUUUGGGAGGCGUAUCGUCUCCUUGGGCAGUGCUAUGAGGCCGAACAUGCCCGACCUGUGACUCCUGUGGCGCCUUCGGCUCCCUCGGGACCCCGGCCCUUGCAGUUGCGCUUGCCCCGAGAAGAGAUCGCGGACAGCGGCGUUCCCGGGGCCGUUCCCGCCGUGCCGGCCAUUGUGGGUACAGCAUCGGUGCCGCCGAUCUGGCGGAACCAGUCCUUCCAGGAAUCCCUUGGGGGCAACAGCGACAGGUUAGCACCAAUGACUUCGUCGAUUAGUCGCCGUGACAGUCGACCAUCCUUGACCCUGACGGCGAAGGCAGCCGAGGAAGCGGUCGCGCGAGCGCUGGGUCAUCGCCUGCAACAUGUCCUAACCUCGGCGGACACCACAGCAUCGCAUUGUGUGGAGAUGAGAGAUUUGCCCGAGGACGUAGAUCAAGCAAUCUUUGCCCCGCGGGCCUGGUGGGAACCGCAGAGCUGGAACUUAUCGCCGAUUGCUCCGCGGCAACGGACCUCCUUCACCGUCACCCUCAAUUUACACAGUGCGACGGGCACAGCUCCGCGCUGGUUAGCUGCGCUGAUUGUUUGUCCCAAUGCAAAACGUCGAGCCUUCUGGGACGCCUUCAGUAUUUGUUGUUUGCUUCUGGAGUUGAUUUUCCUUCCAUUGAGCGUCUUUGCUGUUGAGUGGCCUUGCUCCCAGCCAACCUCCGUGGAGAUCUUCCUGCAUGUCUUUUGGCACUUGGACAUCUUGAUGACGUUCAUCACGGCCAUCUACUGUCGUGGUGAGUUGGUCGUGGCUCCCAAACGCAUUGCCAGAAACUAUGCGCAGGGAUGGUUAUGCUUCGAUGUUCUGUACGUUGUUGUGAACUGGGCCAGUCUCUUGGGUUCUUGCUCCAGACACUCACAGCGGUCAUGGCUGGUUCUUCGCUUCUGUCAGCUGGCACUGCGCUUGAUACGACUCUGUCGCCUAAAUCAGAUGACCGAAUCCAUCAAGAAUCGACUGAGCUCGGAGACUCUGACGGCUGGAAGCAAUAUCCUUCAGAUCACAGGCCAAAUCCUUUUGGUCCAUCAUCUUUUGGCAUGCGUGUGGUUUGUGGUGGGUCAGCUGGAUGAGAAGAAUGGCUGGGUGGCAGUUUACUUGAAACAACCUUCGGUGGGCUACAGCUACACCACCAGUUUGUACUGGAUGUUCUGCCAACUUGGAUUUGGGAGCACCAACAUCGAACCUGAGACAACCCUUGAAAGAAGCUUCGCACUGAUGGUGGCCUUUAUGGCGUUGGGCAUUUUCUCCAGCUUACUGGGCACCAUCAGUGCUACGGUUCUCAAUCUGAACAAGUCCAUGGAGGAGAAGCGUUUGCACUUCCGGGAACUCAAGCAGUUUCUAUCGCACCACCGCAUCAGUGAUGAGCUGUCACUGCGAGUAUGUCGGUUUUUGGAACAUGCGUGGGCUUUGAAGAACGAGGUGGUGCUGGAGAGUUCGGUUCAGAUCCUAGAGCUUCUCUCUACACCUCUACGCCGAGAGCUCCGCUACGCCCGCUACGAAUCGUGCCUCAAAGAGUUAGGCUUUAGCGCCAUGACGCAGCAGCUCUCACUGCAGCUCCACUCGAAGACCCUGGCGGCGGCGGACACCGUCUUUGAGGCUGGCUCUGUGGCAGAGGAGGCGUACUUCCUGUCUGAGGGGUCUUUGACCUACACGUGGGGCGAAAAAAAGGUGUCCUUUAGCGAGAAAGACAAGUUCGGAUGGUUGGUGGAGAUAUGCAUCUGGACCCCCUGGGUGCAUGUGGGAGAGUUAUCUACCAGGACUGUAAGCAAUGUCGAGAGUAUGCAAAUCGAGCCUUUCUUUGAAUGCAUCUGUCGAUCGCUAGAUGUCUUGCAACUUGCUCGAAGCUAUGCAGAAGAUUUCGUGGCCAACAUGAAUUCCUAUGCAGCUGUCACAGAUUUGUGGCAUCCAAAUCUUUGUCACCAAGACAUUGAGAGGAGUGAGUCUUUGCCACCCAAGGUGCCAAAGAGAAAUCUCUUCCUUUCUGGAGAUUUUGGAUCCGUCGUGCCACUUCAAUAAUUCAGGUGCCCUUCAGGUUGCGGUCUGGCAGUGGUACACAAAGACACCUGUGUGAC